AUGGCAAGCAAGGCGGCAGUCAUGGGCGCGAACGGGAUCCCAGCUGCCGGCCUCUACGCGGAUCAAUCCCUCGACGGACCGGAAAUUGGAACAUUGGUGUUAGUCGUCGACCGAGCAAAGAAUCUACCCAACCGAAAGACCAUGGGCAAGCAGAACCCGUACUGUGCUGCUCGGCUUGGUAAAGAAGCCCAGAAGACGGAAGUGGAUAAACGAGGUGGACAGACGCCACGCUGGGAUCAAGAGCUGCGAUUUACCGUACACGAUUCUCCCGACUUCUACAAUCUCAAGAUAUCUGUCUUCAGCGAAGACAAACGGACUGACCUUAUUGGUGAGGCGUGGGUGAAUCUAGCAGAGGUGGUGGUUGCGGGUGGGGGAAAGAACGACCUUUGGCAAGGCCUGAACUGCAAGGGCAAGUACGCGGGCGAAAUCCGGAUUGAAUUGACGUACUACGACUCAAGGCCUAAGCCUGAGAAGCCGCUGAGGGAAGCGGUCGCAGCGGAAGGGGACUCUCUGCGGCAAGAUGUGGGCAGCGGCAGCAGGGUCAAGCGAAGACCACUGCCCGGCAACCCAAACAGCGCCCCCAUCACGCCAGACGCGCAUGGUGAAGCCUUUGCCGCUUUAUCAAGUCGGGCGAAGCAUGGACCAAGAGACUACAGGACCCCGCCGAGAACGGCUUCAAUGCCUCCGGCGCCAGUCUCACAAGAGAGGCCGCCAUCUUCCCACGGUUACGCUCCACCGUACGAACACUCUCCGCAAGCGAGUGUGCGAUUGACGCCACCCAACCAGCACCUCGACGAUCCUCAGGCGUAUGAUCGCACGGAUGGCUACGACGAGCCGUAUGCGCAACAGGAUCUACUUCCUCAGCUGCCACCUAGUAACCGUCUACGAGGUGCUACGAGUCGAGAUCUGGGCCCGCAGUCUACUCACCCAGAGCCUUUACAGGUACGCCCACACCACCAAAGUCGACUUCCGCACUCGCAUUCAGCUCCCAUUGUACCUUCGCAGUACCACGUGCCGUAUGCGCACGAUGGAGACAACCAGGUGAGCACUGAGUAUCCGGAGCCCAUACCUGAUUUGGAUUACCAGCACCAGCAGCUACGACAGCGCCGGAUGGAUAUACCUCCAAGCUGGCAAAGUGAGUACGGCGAGCCAUAUGCGCCAUUGCAAGAGCAAGAAGACUACACUUCACCUCCACCUCCACCGAUGCAUAGCAAUAGUGCACCCAUUGUGCCUCAUUUUCCGAAUCCUCAUCGUUCGGCUCCAUCUUCAGCAUACAGUGCCCCGACACCUGGUACCAGGCAUCACUCCGUACCUAACGUUUCCCCACUGCAAUCCGUCGAGCGAAGAUACGGCCAAACACAGCGUGCUCCGAUCCAUUGCCAUCCUGCGAGGGGAAGAUCGAUGGAUAAUUAUGCGCCUCUGCCAGAGCACAACCUGUACGGCACCCAGUCAGUCGGCUCCCAGGUUCCGGCUUCCUAUACUCGUAAUGUAACGGAGCGACCGACCAAUGUCCGGCAUAGCAUGGCGGACUCAUACAGGAACACGCCACCUCGACCUCAUCCACUGUCGCAAGAAGUGCCACGAGCACGCAGCCCCACUCCGUACACUGAGUACUUGGAGCAUUCGCCACAGAUUGUGGACGAACCAUCCUACCAGCAUGAUUACCGCGGCCGUGACGCUCCGCCACUGAUCAAACCUCGAGCGCUUUCGCCAAGACCGCCGCUUCCGGAACAGCCAGCCUCACGCCCUCGAAACUCGUUCAGCUUGCAGUAUCCAGUCCGCGCAUUCGAGUCAUCUGACGAUAGCCCCUUGUCCACGUCACUACCGCCCAUCGUGCCGCCCGCUAACCGCACGCCAAUAGCGCGAAAGUCGCUAUCUCCGCACCCAACGCCGCCCGACGCCGGUAUCGCUCGCUCGAACAGCAUACCGUAUUCACCAGACGACUACGACGUACACAACCCCAAUGCACUACGAGCAUCGCAUUUCAACGACUCGCCAACUGCACCGUACCAGGUGCGUCCCGGCGCAGAAGCACAUGGAGAGGAGCCGAAGGGACCAAUCGUGGGCUGGCAUGGCCAGGAGAUCGACCCAAGCGAUCAUUUACCAGUCGAUUCCUGGGCACCUGAGCCGGAGAAGAAGACACCAACCAAGACUUAUGGUCUCGGCAGAGACCGUGACUUUGGACCUCGAAGCGCGCAAUCGACGCCAAACUCGGGUGGAAGACUUGGUAAAGAUACUGUGAUCAAUGUUCGAAUGAAAAGCGCUGCCUCCACACCAAACUCAGAACCAGCGAUCUCACCAACGCGGGGAGGCAAGCUGGUGAAGAGAAACGCAGGCGGUCUAGGCCGCGAACAACAGAUCACCGCGCCUCUCCGCGAGCAUUACAAUUACAACAGCAACCCUUCCUCGCCGGUCCCGGACCUGUACGCGGGCCAAGCCGAGUACAGCCGUAGCUUUACCGAUGGAAGGCCAGCGUACGGCGGACCCGGUAUGCCGCCUAAAGUGCCCUUGGAGUAUGGGGAGGAUGCGUUGGCCAGGGAGAUUGGAAGCAUUGAUAUUGGCGCGGGACCGGGCAGUAGGUAUGCCCGGCCUGCGAAUGGUGGUGUACCUCCUCCGACAGCUUAUGUGCCUGUGAGGAGUCACCGAGAUAGACAGACGUACUGUUAG